AUGGACUCGGAUGUCGGCUCCGCGUUUGAGGAUGAUGGUGCCAGUUCAGACUUUAUGCCGGACCCCGCUCCUAAGGCAAAGGCAAAGGUGACCACGGCGAAGAAACCAGCCAAGCCAAAAGCCCCUGUCAAAAAGGCAACGCAAACUGCGACCACAUCUAAACCCGCAACCAAACCUACUGCAAAGAAGCGGCCGCGGAAAGAGACUGAAAAUGCGAGUGAUGAAGAUGUCGACAUGCGCGAUGACGACUCUAUCCUGUCAAGUACACCCCCACAACCGCCCAAGAAGAGUAAAACUACAGCGGGUAGUAAGAAAUCAGCUGGAAAUCCACUAGCAGCUAUGGAAAACGAAGCAGCUAGUACUGCGCAGAGCAAAGGGAACUCUGGGGACCAAUAUCAAAAGCUUACGCAAAAGGAACACAUCAUCAGACGUCCCGACACAUAUAUUGGAUCGGUCGAACGCACCCAGCAGCAGAUGUGGGUCUUUAACUCGACGACCGAACAGAUGGAAUUUCGAGAGGUUUCUUAUGUGCCCGGCCUGUAUAAAAUCUUUGACGAGAUCCUUGUCAACGCCGCAGACAACAAACAGAGAGAUAGUAGCAUGAGUGAAAUCAGAGUCACCCUGGACAAGGAAGCCGGGGAGAUUAGCGUAUGGAAUAAUGGCCGUGGGAUUCCCGUCGAAAUCCAUUCGAAAGAGAAAAUUUACAUUCCAGAAUUGAUCUUUGGCCAUUUGUUAACAUCCUCGAAUUACGACGAUGAUCAAGCAAAGGUUACCGGUGGACGAAACGGGUACGGCGCCAAACUAUGCAACAUAUUCAGCACGGAGUUCACCGUUGAAACGGCGGACUCAAACUCCAAGAAAAAGUACAAGCAGACCUGGAAAGACAACAUGUCCGUCAUGGGAAAAGCCAAGAUUGCUGAUGUUAAAGGCGACGAUUACACAAAGAUCACUUUCAAGCCAGACUUCAUGAAAUUCGGGAUGGAGGGCAUGGACGAUGAUUUUGAAGCUCUGGUGAAGAGGCGUGUCUACGAUCUAGCGGGUACCUGCAAAGUCAAUGUAAAACUCAAUGGCACCAAAAUUGCUUUGCGAGGCUUCAAAAAGUAUAUGGAGAUGUAUACCAAGGCCAUUAAGAAUGAGCGCGGGGAGGAGGCAACAUCCGAUAAAAGCGAAAUCGUGACCGAUAGCCCUGACCCUCGAUGGGAGAUCGGUUUUGCCGUGUCAGAUGGGUCUUUCCAGCAGGUGUCUUUUGUUAAUUCAAUUGCAACAACUUCUGGCGGUACCCACGUCAACUACAUCAGCGAUCAAAUAUGCGCCAAACUAGCAGAGUCGGUUAAGAAAAAGAACAAAACGGGGCCUCUAUUGAAACCAGCGCAAAUACGGAACCAUAUCUUUCUGUUCGUAAAUUGUCUGAUUGUCAAUCCGGCCUUCACAUCCCAAACAAAAGAGCAGUUAACCACAAAGCCGAGUCAAUUCGGUAGCAAGUGCACGCUCUCCGAAGAUUUCUUAAAGAAAAUUCUGAAAACGCAGGUAAUGCAGAACAUAAUGCAUUUCGCCGAGCAAAAGGCGGACCAAAUCCUCAAGAAGACGGAUGGAAGUCGACGUGCACGGAUGAACAAUCCUAAGCUCACGGACGCGAACAAAGCAGGUACGAAGGAAGGGCAUCACUGUACGCUCAUCCUUACCGAAGGUGAUUCCGCCAAGGGGCUUGCAAUGGCCGGGAGAGCGGUGGUUGGUCCCGAUCUCUUCGGCGUCUUCCCGCUGCGAGGAAAGUUACUCAAUGUCCGUGACGCUUCCGUUGACCAGAUCUCAAAGAACCAAGAAAUCCAAAAUAUCAAAAACUUCCUAGGUUUACAACACAAAAAGGAAUACGCAGAUACCCGGGGCCUUCGCUAUGGCCAUUUGAUGAUCAUGACGGAUCAAGACCAUGACGGAAGUCAUAUCAAAGGCCUUCUUAUCAAUUAUCUUCAAGUCGCUUUUCCUAGCCUGCUCAAGAUUCCAGGGUUUUUGAUUGAAUUCAUUACUCCAAUUGUAAAGGUUUGGAAAGGCGACCCGAAACAGCCGACGGCAACCAAGUCGUUUUUCACCAUUCCAGAGUAUGAGGCCUGGAAGGAGGUUCACGGCCACGACCGCAGAUGGGAUAAAAAGUACUACAAGGGUUUGGGUACGAGUUCUACAGAGGAUGCCGAGAUUUACUUCCGGGACCUUGAUAGACAUCUAAAAGAGUUCCACGCUCUUCAAGACAACGAAGCUCAACUGAUCGAUCUUGCAUUCUCAAAGAAGAAAGCCGAUGAGCGGAAAGAGUGGUUGCGUCAAUUCAAGCCUGGAACAUACCUCGACCAUUCCGUAGAAAAGAUUAGCUACACCGACUUUAUCAACAAAGAGUUGAUUCUCUUCAGCAUGGCGGAUAACAUCCGAUCAAUCCCGUCCGUGGUAGAUGGCCUGAAACCCGGUCAACGAAAAGUUUUAUAUGCCAUGUUUAAACGGAAUGUGAGAAAGGACGCCAAGGUUGUGGAGCUCGGUGGUUACGUGUCCGGCAUGACAGGAUACCAGCAUGGAGAAGUUUCUCUGCAACAAACCAUUGUCGGCCUUGCGCAAACAUUCGUCGGAUCUAAUAAUGUCAACUGCUUGGAGCCAAGUGGUAACUUUGGUAGCCGUCUUCAAGGAGGUUCUGAUUGCGCUAGUGCCCGUUACAUCCACACCCGCCUUUCCCCGUUUGCGAGACGCAUAUUCAGUACGGCUGAUGACCCUCUACUGAAGCAUAAUGUUGAUGACGGGAAAAUCAUUGAACCUGAAGUUUUUGUUCCGGUCGUGCCACUUGUCUUGAUCAAUGGCGCGGACGGUAUUGGGACUGGUUGGAGCACAUCAAUUCCAAAUUUCAAUCCCGAAGAUAUUGUUGACAAUUUGAAGCGUUUGAUGGAUGGCGAGCCGGUGGUACCUAUGAAGCCUUGGUUCCGUGGAUUUACAGGCGAGGUAACAGCCGCCGGGGAUCGAUACAAGUUCAGCGGAAUAAUCAAGCAAACCGGUGACUAUGAAGUCGAGAUCACCGAACUCCCUAUUAGAACUUGGACUCAGGAUUUCAAAGACAAGUUGGAAGAGAUCAUCAAAGCAGAGAAAGCCCCUUCAUUCAUUAAGGAUUACAAGGAUUAUAACACCCAUAGCAAGGUUCAUUUCAUCAUCCAAAUGGAUGAGAAACACAUGAAAAAGGCAGUUGAGGACGGCCUCGAAGAAAGGUUCAAACUUUCCAGGACCAUCACCACCUCGAAUAUGGUGGCGUUUGAUGCGGAAGGACGAAUCACAAAAUACAACACUGCAGAAGAUAUCUUGGAAGCGUUCUUUGCCGUACGGAUCAGAUUCUAUGAAAAAAGAAAGCAAUUCAUGUUAGCUCAGUUGCAUAAAGAGCUGGAAAAACUUACCAAUCAAGCCCGAUUUGUGCAAAUGAUUAUUGAUGGCAAACUCGUUAUCGCUAAGAAGCCCAAGGCCAAGCUUAUGCAGGAAUUGAAAGAGAAGGCUUUUAAGCCCUUUCCGAAGGGAGUCGACGCCGCCAAGGAGGGUGAGGAUGAACCGACAGUCGAAAAUGAUGAGAGCGAAGAGGAAGAAAAGAAAUCAGGCUCAGAUGGUUACGAUUAUCUACUUGGCAUGGCCCUGUGGUCCCUCACUCAAGAAAGGGUUGCAAAGCUGCUUCGUCAAAUGGGGGACAAGGAACUCGAGAUAGAUGCGUUGAUUAAACUUUCCAAAGAAGACUUGUGGAGAAGGGACCUGGAUGAAUUCAUUGCUGAAUGGAGGUAUCAGCUCGAAGAUGAGGAGCGUAGGGCCAAAAAGUCUCGAAGUUAUGGCAGGCGCACUUCCACGAAGCUCAAGACAGCGGGCCCUGCAGCAAAGAAACGCAAGGCCACGGAUGGAGGUGACAGUGACUUUGCACCGAAAGCGAAAAAGACGGCCAUCGUCAACAAGGUCAAACCGAAGGGCGGGCUACUCGACUAUCUUGGUAAAUCAUCAGCAAAACCGAAACCAAAAUCCACUGGUCUCGAUGGCGCAAGCGACAUGGACGACUCCGAGGCGGAGGUUAUGCCUCGGGUGAAAGCCAGAGCAGCUCCGACCAAGAAGCCGCAGGCCAUAACCGAUUUUGCCUUUAGUGACUCAGAGCAUGAUAAAGAGGAGCAGCCUCCUAAGCGGCCAUCAUCGAAGGCUGUAAAAUCGCGCGUAUCUGCUUCUCCAGAAUUUUCGCUUUCUCCGAGCAAAGAGGAUGAUCGGUCGGAAAGCGAAAAGGGCUCCAAAGUUGAAUCUGAGAAGGCUAAGGAGGAAAAGGAGGAGGAGGAGGAUUCCGACUUGGAGAUUGUAUCAAAACCCCGCCAGCGAGCUGCUCGGAUGAAGCGCAAGCCUGUUGUGUUAGAUGAAUCUAGUUCGUCUGAGAACGACGAUGGGGAUGAUUUACUCGGUGACGUUAGCAAAAUGGUUAAAGGCCUGGGCAGCAAGAGCGCAGAUCCGGUUGCAGGAUCUCCUACUCUCUUCUCUUCGGAAUAUGCACGCCCUGGUGCUGGGGUUGGGUCGAAGCCAAUGCCAAAAGCGCUCAAGGCUGCAACAGAGCUUGACCUUGACGAGACAGACUAUUCGAAAUUGAUUCCGCUGAACUCGCCGCGGCGAUCUCUCCUGGUCAAGCCGAAAGAUGGGAAGGACCCAAAGAUGGAUGGAGAGGAGGGCGAGAAGCCAACGACUACAAAAGCGAAACCUGGACCUAGAGCGCCGGCUAAAACAAGCAAGACGGCACCGUCGACAGGCGCGCGUGCGAAUACCCAGAAAGCAGGCAAGCGUACCGUCGCACCUACGAAGAAGCUACAAUUAUCGCCAGCGGCCAAGGCUUAUGCGUCUAAGAAAACAAAGUCCAGCAAGGCGUUGGCGGACGAACUCUCGGAUGAUGACAUCGAUGCAAUGGCCAAUGACAUUCUCGAGUCUUCGGGAUCUGAACAGGAGCCGGCCGCUAAAGCGCCAGCGCCAACAAGAGCUCGUCCCGCGCGGCGUGCAGCUACGACUACAAAAAAGCCGACCUACGUGAUCGACGAUGAUAGUGACGAUGGAUUCUCCAGCCCCUCCUUGGACGAUGAUUUCUCCGACGACUAA